AUGGUCGCUGUUUCGGCAAGAGAAGAUAGAGUAGGACUUUGUGUAGAAUCACCACCGCAAGUACCAGAUGGUAUUGUAACUAAUACAGAUAGAUUUGUUGGUGAUGUAGCUAUUUAUAGUUGUGUUAAUGAUACAGUUUUAAUGAAUGGUCCAGGACAUGUAGAAUGUCAAUCAAAUCAAACCUGGCCAUCACCAACAUUCGAUUGUAGACGACAAUGUCCAGUACCACCGAGUUUAGACAAUGGAGAAGGUAUUGCAGGACCUCGAACGCUUGGUGAAACUAUAACAUAUCUAUGUAAUGAUUUAUUUGUAAUGGAAGGAACACCAGAAAUUUUUUGUAUGUCAAAUCAAACAUGGACUCAAAUAACAUUUUACUGUAGACCAAUUUGUCCUGAUCCACCAGUAGUAGCUGAUUCUUCUAUCCUAUCAUUUAAUAAUUCUAUUAAUGGUACAGCUGAAUAUCAGUGUGAUAUUGAAACAGUUUUAAUGGGAGGACCCCCUGUUUUAACUUGUCUCAGUUCUCAAACAUGGUCUACUAUACAGUUUGAAUGUAGAAGACAAUGUGCAGUACCAGAUGCAAUACCUAAUACGUAUAAUAUAACUAUACCAGCAAGAACUAUUGGUACUAUAUUAAACUAUACUUGUAUUGAUAAACAUGAUGUUUAUCCACUAACAGAAACACCACAAAGUACUUGUCAACAAAAUCAACAAUGGUUAAUACCAUUUCAAUGUAAACCAGUUUUAAUGAUAAUAAUAUUUGCUUCUUCACCAUCUUUAUUCACAGUUUGUGUAGAAUCACCACCGCAAGUACCAGAUGGUAUUGUAACUAAUACAGAUAGAUUUGUUGGUGAUGUAGCUAUUUAUAGUUGUGUUAAUGAUACUGUUUUAAUGAAUGGUCCAGGACAUGUAGAAUGUCAAUCAAAUCAAACCUGGUCAUUGCCAAAUUUUGAGUGCAGACGACAAUGCCCAGUACCACCGAGUUUAGACAAUGGAGAAAGUAUUGCAGGACCUCGAACACUUGGUGAAACUAUAACAUAUCUAUGUAAUGAUUUAUUUGUAAUGGAAGGAACACCAGAAAUAUUUUGUAUGUCAAAUCAAACAUGGACUCAAAUAACAUUUUACUGUAGACCAAUUUGUCCUGAUCCACCAGUAGUAGCUGAUUCUUCUAUCCUAUCAUUUAAUAAUUCUAUUAAUGGUACAGGUGAAUAUCAAUGUGAUAUUGAAACAGUUUUAAUGGGAGGACCCCCUGUUUUAACUUGUCUCAGUUCUCAAACAUGGUCUACUAUACAGUUUGAAUGUAGAAGACAAUGUGCAGUACCAGAUGCAAUACCUAAUACGUAUAAUAUAACCAUACCAGCAAGAACUAUUGGUACUAUAUUAAACUAUACUUGUAUUGAUGAACAUGAUGUUUAUCCACUAACAGAAACACCACAAAGUACUUGUCAACAAAAUCAACAAUGGUUAAUACCAUUUCAAUGUAAACCAGUUUGUGUAGAAUCACCACCAACAAUACCAAAUGGUAUUGUAACUAAUACAGAUAGAUUUGUUGGUGAUGUAGCUAUUUAUAGUUGUGUUAAUGAUACAGUUUUAAUGAAUGGUCCAGGACAUGUAGAAUGUCAAUCAAAUCAAACCUGGUCAUCACCAACAUUCGAUUGUAGAAGACAAUGUCCAAUGCCGCCAACUCUAGACAAUGGAGAAAGUAUUGCAGGACCUCGAACGCUUGGUGAAACUAUAACGUAUCUAUGUAAUGAUUUAUUUGUAAUGGAAGGAACACCAGAAAUAUUUUGUAUGUCAAAUCAAACAUGGACUCAAAUAACAUUUUAUUGUAGACCAAUUUGUCCUGAUCCACCAGUAGUAGCUGAUUCUUCUAUCCUAUCAUUUAAUAAUUCUAUUAAUGGUACAGCUGAAUAUCAAUGUGAUAUUGAGACAGUUUUAAUGGGAGGACCCCCUGUUUUAACUUGUCUGUCUGCGCAAAACUGGUCAUUACCCCAAUUUGAAUGUAGACGACUGUGUGAAGAAGCACCUAGUUUACCCGAUGCCAACCUUACAAAUACAGAUAGAUUUGUUGGUGAUGUAGCUAUUUAUAGUUGUGUUAAUGAUACAGUUUUAAUGAAUGGUCCAGCACAUGUAGAAUGUCAAUCAAAUCAAACCUGGUCAUCACCAACAUUUGAUUGUAGAAGACAAUGUCCAGAACCACCAACGGUAGAAAACACCGAGUCGGUAACAACAGAUCUUACUAUUGGUACUAUCUAUAAUUAUACUUGUAUAACUGGACAUCAACCAACAUCAAUUUCACAGAUAGUUUGUCAAAACAACCAACAGUGGUCCACAGUGCAGUUUGAAUGCCGUCCAGUUUGUGAAGACGCUCCUAAUUUACCCGAUGCCAACCUUACAAAUACAGAUAGAUUUGUUGGUGAUGUAGCUAUUUAUAGUUGUGUUAAUGAUACAGUUUUAAUGAAUGGUCCAGCACAUGUAGAAUGUCAAUCAAAUCAAACCUGGUCAUCACCAACAUUUGAUUGUAGAAGACAAUGUCCAGAGCCUCCUACAGUAAAUUAUACCGAUCCAGUUACAGGUCCAAGAGUGAUAGGUUCUAUCUUAACCUACACUUGCACUACUGGUUAUGGGGCAACCUCAAAUUCAUCUAUAACAUGUCAACAAGAUGGCCAUUGGUCAUUGGUAUUGUUUGAAUGUCAUUCAGUUUGUGAAGUCCCACCUACCGUCCAAAAUACCACAGUUUUCUAUAACGAUACAUUUGUUGGUAGUAAUGCUACAUUUGAAUGUGAUUCUAGUCUCAUGCUUUCUGGAAACCCAACUAUAACAUGUCAAGUCAACACGACUUGGUCUUCAGUAGAAUUUUCUUGUAACUAG